AUGGCUACUGAUGCAAUUGAUGCCUCUGGAACUGCUCCGAGUGGUGGUGAGGAUGAAUCUGUGAAACCGUCAUUGGCCGUGGAUGAAGGUACUACGGAGCCCCAGCAUAACAACGAUCCCUCCACUCCGGAACCCACAAAAGAGUUGCCUCUUAGGCGGAGCAACCGCGGCAAAGGUCGAUCGGAUAGGAGCAACCAUGGGGACGAGCGUGUUCAGUCCUGUGUUGUCGGCACUGUGGAAUAUAAACCCGCAGAUUAUGUGUACUUUGAGGAGAGUGAGUCAGAUUGCUACGCUGUUGGGAUAGUUGACGAGAUCAAGCUCUCACGACGAGAGAAGUGCACAUUGGUUGUAAAGUAUUUCUGGCGGACGUUUGAUGUGCCUGAUGUAUCCAAGCAAGCGUUGCUGGAUCGUGAAAGUGCAGACAAAGGUGACCCUCGAAUUCUUGCUCGGGAGCUUUUUAUUACUGACUUACAGACUUCUAUCGACUGCAAUCUGCUUCGGGGCAAGUGUUCAGUUGCUCAGUUCCCAGAACUAAUAAAUGCUCUUGACUCGUUCGAUCCCACAGUGGAGGACUCCUUUUAUUACGUCUACGCCUUUAAUCCUGAGUCGAAGCGUCUACUUUCCAUCCGGGCCGAAAUAAAGGUAAGUUGA